CAAGCAAGGAACACAUUAACAUUAGCGUCGUCGAUGUCAAGUUCGUCUUCCUCGUCGUCUAGCUUCUCCAUCGGUGCCGUGGUGGCCAGUGCCGUCGCCGGCGCGUCCCUCGGUGCGCUGGCGUCCACGUACCUUCGCCCGGCCAAGACGGUGCGCAAGGACUUGAUCCCGUUCCUGUCGUCGCAGGGGAAGGCGGUGGUAACGAGCAAGGCUAAUGCAUCCGACCACGACCACGCCCAUGUGGACUACCACUUCGAGCGCAUUUCGCACGAGGAUGCUCGCGAACGGUCCAAGGCGUUUGCCGAGUUUCUCACCAUGCGCCGGUCGCUGCGGUUCUACUCGAACGAAGACGUGCCGCUCGACAUCAUCGAGAACUGCAUUGAAGCCGCAGGCACGGCACCGUCGGGUGCGCACACGCAGCCGUGGUACUUUUGUGUGGUCAAGACGGCAGCGUUGAAGGAGCAGAUCCGCCAGGCCGUGGAGAUCGAAGAAGAGGUCAACUACCAGCGCCGCAUGAACAAGGUGUGGGUGGGCGAGUGCAACAUACUCGUGUCCGCCUUGCCCGACGCGUACAUCAAGCCGUACCUGACCGAGGCGCCGUACAUCAUCGUCGUGAUGAAGCGCAGUCACGACAUCGAGCCGGAUGGGACUCGCAAGGAAGUGUACUACCCCGAGCAAAGCUGCGGCAUCGCAUCCGGACUGCUUAUCACGGCACUGCACAACGCCAACCUCGCCACCCUCACCAGCACUCCCAUGGGUGCCGAGAGUAAGAUCCGCACGAUCCUUGGCCGCCCCGCCAACGAAAAGGUGUAUCUCCUCAUGCCCGUGGGGUACCCGGCCGCCGACGGCACCGUGCCCUACCGCACGGACGCCGAGCUGCGCAAACCCAUGAAGGAUAUCUACCAACUUUAUUGAAAAGUCAUUAACCAGAACAAGCAACGUGAAAUAGGCAAUUUUGUAUGGGAACCACCUUGCGAAUUCCAUAAAUAAUAAUUCUGAAAUUGUAUAGUUUCAAUAUUAAAUAUAUCUUGAAGUUUG